AUGGCGCCAAGCAAACUCGAAUCCGAAGAUCACUCCCGCGAUGCUGCUUUCAACAAAGCAAUGCAUAAAGAUUCUUCCAAUGCUGAGGGUGGUUUCCGUGCUAUGAUGAAGAAGGACUCUUCAGCUCAAAAGGCUGCUGUUGAUGAGUACUUCAAGCAUUGGGACAACAAGGCUGCUAAGGAUGAAACCAAAGAAGAUAGAGAUGCCAGAACCGCUGAAUAUGCUACUUUGACAAGACAUUACUACAAUCUCGCAACCGAUCUUUACGAAUAUGGAUGGGGACAGUCUUUCCAUUUCUGUCGUUUCGCAUACGGUGAACCUUUCUACCAAGCCAUUGCCCGUCACGAACAUUACCUCGCAGCCAAAAUUGGUAUCAAGGAUGGCGAUAGAGUUCUUGAUGUUGGAUGUGGUGUCGGUGGACCAGCAAGAGAGAUUGCCAAGUUCACUGGAGCACACAUCACUGGUUUGAACAACAAUGAUUACCAAAUUGAGCGUGCGACCAAAUAUGCGCAGAAAGAGGGCAUGUCUGAUCAAUUGAAGUUUGUCAAGGGAGAUUUCAUGCAAAUGUCUUUCCCAGAAAACUCGUUCGAUGCCGUCUACGCGAUCGAAGCCACUGUUCACGCCCCAUCCCUCGAGGGUGUCUACUCCCAAAUUUUUAAAGUCCUCAAGCCAGGUGGAACCUUUGGUGUUUACGAGUGGCUCAUGACUGAUAACUACGACAACGAAAAUGUGGAUCACCGUCGCAUUCGUCUAGGCAUUGAGCAAGGUGAUGGUAUCUCGAACAUGGUUAAGAUCUCCGAGGGUGUAGCCGCCAUUAAAGCUGCCGGCUUCGAACUCGUACACCACGAGGAUUUGGCCAAGAGACCAGAUGCCACUCCUUGGUAUUAUCCUUUGGCUGGUGAAUUCAAGCAUAUGGGUACCAUAGGAGAUUUCUUCACCAUUGCACGUAUGACCAAGACUGGUAGAGGAUUAAUACACAAAUUUGUUGGUUGUUUGGAGAUGAUAAAAUUAGCACCACAUGGAACACAGAAGACCGCCGACUCGUUAGCUUUGGCUGCGGAUUGUUUGGUUGAUGGUGCUAAGCUGGAUUUGUUUACCCCUAUGUAUUUGAUGGUUGCCAGAAAACCUUUGGUAUAG